AAGUUCUGGAUUUCCAUUUCCAUUCUAAUUCCCAUUUUCCAAAUAACGAAAUAAUUUUUAAGGUUAACUACUUAUCUUUCGUAAUCGUGAAUGAAUAGCAGUGUAUUUUUUAUUAUACAAAUUAAUUUUAUUUAAAUUAUUGAAUAAGUUUAUUUAAAAAUGCCUAUCAGUGGCUAUGACACACAUGAUGAUGGUCCGGGAUUCGUUGGAAUAAGAUUCUGUCAAGAAUGCAAUAACAUGUUAUAUCCUAAAGAAGACAAAGAGAAUAAAGUAUUAUUAUACGCUUGCCGUAAUUGCGAUUUCAAGCAACUUGCCGAUAGUAACUGUAUCUACGUCAAUAAGAUUAUGCACGAAAUUGAUGAAUUGACGCACAUCGUAUCAGAUGUGAUCUCAGAUCCUACACUUCCAAGAACGGAAGAACAUCCGUGUCCAAAAUGCAAUCAUCGUGAAGCAGUGUUUUUCCAGGCCCAGACGCGGCGAGCUGAGGAAGAGAUGAGGUUGUACUACGUGUGUACGAAUCAGCACUGCACUCAUCGCUGGACUGAAUGAAGUGAUUUCUUUAUGAUACUUAUAAUUUAUUUCAUUCACAACCCAUCAUGGUUCACAUGUAUCUCCCAUUUUUAAUUACUGUAAUUAAGAUUUUCCAAGUGAAUAAUAAUUUCUCAUUAUUUUCCAAGUGGUUUGUCUUCUUACUAUUGCCGCUUAAAAUAUAAUAUUUGUAUGAUAAAUCCCAACUCAAUAUAUAGAAAGAUUUGCUAAUUAAUGAAUUUCCACAUGUA